AUGGCACUCCUCGUCCGUUCGCCAGAGAUGAUACCAACUGUAUCGGCUAGAGUCUUCCCCUAUUCGAACUCGAAUGUAAGACAUGCCUUUGUAAGGAAGAAGGUUACGGUUUCCGCAAGAAACAUUACUGGUGUGAAGAAUCAAAAAUCAAGAUUGUACGUGAAGUUCUCAGCUCCGGUGGUGAAAGAAGACUGUGAGAUUAGUACACAGAACUACUACGUGAACAUUGGUCACGCCGUUCGAUGUCUUAGAGAGGAGCUUCCUUCCUUGUUCUACAAGGAGCCCAACUUUGACAUUUACAGGUUUUACUGA